AUGGUUCGGACCGUGAGGCAAGGUGGUGGAAGAAGAGCAAGAACGGGUGGCGGUGGCGGUUGCAGUGGUGGUGGCGACGAUGGUGGUGGAACACAGGGGAAGGAGGCGGCCAGAGUUUUAGGUGGGGGGUCCACGGUCCCCCCCGGCUCAAUACGCAAGGAGGCUUCUCGAAGUCCUCGCGGCGCCGUUGGCGGUUGCAGCACCCCCGGCAGUAGAGUGGAUCCCUGGUGGAACCCUGGUCCCCUCUUCCCCUCGACCCCUGGGCCCCCAAGGAUCGACGAGGGGGCACCGGACAACAACGGGAACGGUGGUUUUCAGUUCUGCGGUCCGGCGAAUCGCAACGCGAAUAGCCCUUCGUCCCAGCAACAGCACCAGCAUCAGCCGAUUCAACGGCAGCAACCACAGCACCAACAGAAUCAGUCGAACGGCUCGAGGAACAUCUGCACGAGCUACGGUAUCGCGUCGACCGCGUCCUCUUCGUGCUCGUCGUCGAGCCUCGGUCACGUGAACACGAUAGCGCGAGGAACUGAUGCCGUAGGCUCGUCGUCCGGCGCGUACGGCAUCGCCUCGUCGUCACCGGAACCUUCCUCGGCGAGCAAUCUGAUCCUAUCCGCGCUCCUGACGACCACGUCUUCGGCAACAAGCAACAACAUCAGAACCGUCCCAUCGAACGCGGUUCACGGCAACAACGCGUUGCCGUCCGCGACGUCUCUCAGCUCCACGUACGCGAGGAAUAUCAACCACGGCGGCGCGGUAGCGUCCGCUGACUCGUUGAACGGAAUCCUGUCGUCCCUAAACGUACGGAUCAAAACGGAGGAGUACCCGAAAAUACGAUCAGAGGAGCGAAGACCGGCAAACGCGUCGUCGUCGCUGUCUUCGUCCUCCGCGUCCGCGUUCAACGCCUCCCUGCUUAGCUCCCUGUUAUCCACGUCGCGGAUCUCGUCCGGGCAGUGCCGAAACGACAGUGACGAGGACAUCCUGUCGAGGUCCUGCAUCAAGCUCGAGUAUCCGUCCACAGACGAAACGCAGCAGCCGAGCCAGGAACAACCGGAGGAGCGAACGGUGGUGCGCAACAUCAAGGUCGAAUAUCCGCUUAGCCAAUCGUCCCAAGACGUUCUGGAUACCGAAGAGGAGGAGCUAGCCGCGACGUCGCCGUACGAUAUCAUCAGCGGGACCCCGAGCAGGUGUUUGCCGAAGCAGUCGGCCUGCGGCGGAAAGACCCAGCCGGGCUCGUUGGUCAAGGACGUCGUGGUGCCGCCUUGUCAGGGCGUCGUCUCGCCAACCUCGGACAUCGUGAUCGACAUGAAGUACGAGACCCAGUCAGGCCCACCGGCGGCACCUCCGCACUUGACGUCCUCCGGGGUCGAGCCACCGCAUAGUAGUCAGGGGACUGGAAUAGUCGUCGGUGGAUCGCCGGCGGAGGUCGUCGGCGUGGACAGCUUGCUCUUGUCGCCAUGGGGAACGACCGGUCCGGAUUUCCUCGAGCCACCCGAUGUCAAGCAAACGGCAGCUGGUCUGCAGGAUGCGUGGGACACACUUCUACUCGGCUCGUCGGUCGGCGUAGCCUCGGCUCAGUCGUUGGCGGAGCUGAAGCCUUUGCCACCGUUUACUGGCUACACAGGACAUCUCAGUAUCAACGGCAUACCCGGUCACCAUUAUCACACGAUAGCAUCGUCGGCGCAGCGACCAUCGUUACCCUCCUCCUCUCCCACGUCAUCCUCCAAUCAGGAGUACUACGAAUCGCCCGUCGUAUCCUCGAGCACACCCUGUCCGCAGGGUAGCCAGAAGCAACAGCAACAGCAUCACCAACACCAACAGCAGCAACAACAGCAGCAACAACAACACCAUCAUCACCAGCAACAGCUACCGCAGUCCACGCAGCAGGUCGAGUACGAUAUCGAGGACAUCGCGGAGAUCAUCGGCUCGGCGAUAGCGGACACGACGGUCCCCGGUGGCGGAAACGGAGCUGGCUCGGAACACGACCCGGACGCGUCGCGCGACUGGAUAGACAUCGCCGAAUGGAUCGACACCGCGUGUUCACCGAAGGCGCAGGAAACUACAUCGCCUAGCCCGUACUCGCAGAUAUACGCGACAGCCACGCCGUCCACUCAGGCACAGCAACAUGGAUCUACCUUGCAGAGUCUGCUGACACACGGGUACGCGCCGCUGUUGAACGCCAGGUUGCAGUCAGCCAACGCGGGCCUCCAAAACGCGUCGUGCGGCGAGACACCUUCAUCCACAAGUCCCUAUCCGCCUGUCAGUCCGCCGGGCAGGGUGUCCACCUCGUGCAGCCCGGAUCACCUGUUGCACUCGUCGUUCGCGGCUCCCUCGCACCCCAGGAAGAGGUCGCGGCCCGCGCCAGGCUCUCAGAAUCCUUCAAAGAAGAGUCCGGGAACUGGUGCUACGGCGCUACCCUACGGCACGGAAUCUGGCCUGAUCGGUGGCAAAGAAAAGCCAGUACACAGAUGUUCGAUCUGCAACCGGGGAUUCCUGAAUAAGAGCAACAUCAAGGUGCACCUGAGGACCCACACCGGCGAGAAACCGUUCAGGUGCGACGUGUGCGGCAAGGCGUUCAGGCAAAAGGCGCACCUGAUCAAACACCAACAGAUCCACAAGAGGAUCGGCAGGGACUAA